UCUCAGGUAGCUCUCUCUUCCUCACUAAUUUUGCAAUUAACUCUGUUUUUGUUCGAUUUCGUGUUCUUGUUUAAGCUAACUACGUAUGGCGAUCUACGAUUUGGCGCGUUGUUGUCUUAGGGUUCAGGUCAUGGCGUCGAAGCGGAUCUUGAAGGAGCUCAAGGAUCUCCAAAAAGAUCCUCCAACCUCUUGCAGUGCAGGGCAUAAUAUUGUCAAAUUAUAUUUUGCAAUUCUUGGUGUAGGCUUGGGAGGAUUUGUAGCGUGCAGAGCACUCUCACAGAGGAACAAUGAUCCUACUAAAGCUUCCCGUCCUUGGGAUAUGUCUCGUGAUGGAUUUGUCAUGGGGGAAGGAGCAGGAGUUCUGCUUUUAGAAGAAUUGGAGCAUGCUAAGAAAAGAGGUGCAACUAUUUAUGCUGAAUUUCUUGGUGGAAGCUUUACUUGUGAUGCUUAUCACAUGACUGAGCCACGCCCUGAUGGAGUUGGUGUAAUUCUCUGCAUAGAGAAGGCAUUAGCACAGUCUGGGGUAUCUAGGGAAGAUGUGAAUUACAUAAAUGCACAUGCUACAUCUACCCUAGCUGGAGAUAUUAAAGAGUUCCAAGCUCUUAUUCAUUGUUUUGGCAGGAAUCCUGAGUUAAGGGUGAAUUCCACAAAGUCUAUGAUUGGUCACCUACUAGGAGCUGCUGGUGCUGUGGAAGCUGUUGCUGCGGUGCAGGCAAUACGAACAGGGUGGGUUCAUCCAAAUAUUAAUUUGGAAAAUCCAGACAAAGGAGUGGUAUGGUGCCUUUUCUGUAAAUUUUACAACAUUAGGAUUUAUGAGAUCCAUUAUACUCAGAUCUAGAUCAACUCUGGUUAUUCAUUAAUUUUGAUUUGCCAUGAAUGAUUUACAUUGUUGAAACGGGAGCAUGAUUUUCAUUUUUGUUUGUUUAGAUCAUUGGUAGCUAAUUGUUCUCCAUAUGAUCAUUUCACUCAAUGUUUGAAUGUUGCCUGCAAAUAGCUAUGGGAGCUUGAAUAGUUAUGAAUUUGUUGAUCGUUUAUAUUUUUUAACAAAUUUGUGAGAUUUGU